AUGUCAAAAUGACACAUUCUCUUAUGUUGGAUACCUACGGAUUGUUGGAAAUUGCAUUGUUUUUUUAUUGUGCUCUUUAAAAUUAAAAGACUUCCGCAUUAAGUGAUUUUGGAAUAUCAAACGAGGAGUUAGGGAAGCAAAUCAAGCAAUCAAGAUGGCAACUUUGAAGUCUGACUUGGAUGACUAUUUACUACAAAAUGAGAAUCGAAGAAGCUACAAGUUUAACUUACCUUUUUCAACUUCGAAUUUUUUUACACGAAGCAACGAAGAGACACCCACCAGCACAACCACCACGAGUUCUUGGUUCGAAGAAGUGCAGAAGGAGUACUUUACCCUUAGCCGAACGCAGCGAUUUAUGGGUUUCGGGAUUUGUUUAUUCUUCGGUAUUCUAUGCUUUAUUCUGUCGUUUUUGUAUAUACCCAUACUUCUACUACAAGCCAGAAAGUUUGCACUACUUUUUACUUUGGGAAGUCUUUUUUUCAUAUUAAGUUUCAGUUUCCUCUGGGGCCCCUGGUCACAUCUCAAGUCCAUGUUCUCUAAAGAGCGAGCACUCACCACUUCACUCUAUGGGUUUACAUUAAUCGCAACACUGUACUGUGCGUUGCACCUUCAAAGCACACCACUCACUGUGAUCUGUGCUGUAGGCCAGGUCCUCGCUCUCAUGUGGAUGAUGAUGGGCUCGAUACCAGGGGGAUCAUCUGGAAUGAGGUUUUUCGGCAGCAUGUUCAAGUCGUCUGUUUCGAACACAUUACCAAUUUAACAUAGACAGUAUACUCGUAUGCGAAAGUUGGUGCAGUGUAAAUUAUGAUUAGUUUGGAUGCGUGUGAAAAACUAUUGCCUUACGUUUUUAAACAUGGUGUAUUUGAUGUGUAUAAAAACUUUUGAGUAAUAUUUAUAUUCAAAGAUCUAUUUUUGAAUGUUCAUUAUACUUGCCUAAAUAGUUAUUUAUAGUAACUUUACUGAAACGAGAAUUCUAGAUUUUAAUUUUAAGUUAUUCAAAAUUGAAUCAAUCUUGCAAAGAGAAAGUUGCAAAAUUUUUAAAAUUAUGGGAGUGUUCAAAAAACUUUGAUACAGAAUAAACUGUUUGAAGUUCAAAAGAUAUAGUAUUAUUUGUGUACGAAACUCGUAUGGAUCCAUAUGAUUUUCUUAAUUAUAGUCAUCAAAGAAGUCAUCUUUAGAAAAAACUUCUCGCAUAUCAUGUAGUAUUUUGUAAAAAAUGACAUAUAAAAUGGACAAUGAUUGUUGUAAGAU